AUGGCGCCGCUAGGACUCUGGCUGUUGUCGCUCACGGCGAUAGCAUCCCCCGUGCUAUCCCAGUUCGUCACGUCGCCCUCGUCCCUCAAGGAGGUCACCGGGUAUGCCGGGGUCCCCGUGCGGUACAAGGAGGUUCCGGCCGGGACCUGCGAGCUGGACCCGGACGUCAAGAGCUACUCGGGCUACGCCGACGUGAGCGAGGGCGAGCACAUAUUCUUCUGGUUCUUCGAGUCGCGCAACGAGGACCCGUCCGAGGCGCCGCUGACCGUGUGGAUCAACGGCGGCCCCGGGUCGAGUUCCAUGAUCGGGAUGUUCGAGGAGCUGGGGCCCUGCCGCGUAGACUACUUUGGCAAUGUCUACAGCAACCCGUAUUCCUGGUCCAAUGUCAGCAACAUGCUGUUCAUCGACCAGCCGAGCCAGGUCGGGUUCUCGUACUCUACGCCGGUACCCGCCUACGCCACUGACAAUGGCAUCGUCGUGUUGCCGGACGCAACAUGCCCUGACUACGCACCGGCAGACUCGUGUGGAACCUAUGCGUACCCCAACAUCACGCUGACGGCGAACUCGACCACCAACGCGGCGCCCAACUUCUGGAAGACUUUGCAAGGCUUCAUGGGAGCCUUCCCGCAGUACUCGCGGAAUGGGUUUCACUUCGCCACCGAAAGCUAUGGUGGGCACUACGGACCUGUGUUCAACGCCUACAUUGAGGAGCAGAACGCUCUAAACAUCUCAGGGGCCAAGCACAUCGAGCUGGAAUCAGUACUCAUAGGCAACGGAUGGUAUGACCCUAUCGUGCAAUACCAGGCCUACUAUAACUUUACCGUUUACCCUGGGAAUACGUAUGACUACGCCCCGUUCAACGAGUCCAUCGCAUCGAUGUUCUACAACAACCUGUACGGACCUGGCAACUGCUUGGACCGGCUCCUGGACUGCAAGGCCUCCGGACUCAACCAAGUCUGCAAGAAUGCCGACAACUUCUGCGCCUACCUGGUCGAGUCCGUGUACGACGACGUACUCGGCCGGGACGAGUACGACAUGCGGGAGCUCACUCCCGAUCCCUUUCCUUACGGGUUCUACAAUGAUUACCUGAACACGGUGGCGGUCCAGGAAGCCAUCGGGGCGUUCACCAACUUCUCAAGCAACGGCGCCGUGGGCGAGGCGUUCGACAACACCGGCGACGACGGUCGGGAGAUGGGCACGAUCGAGGCCACGCGGUACCUGGUCUCCAAAGGGAUCACCGUCGCCCUGUACGCGGGAGACGCAGACUACAAUUGCAACUGGCUGGGCGGCCAAGUAGUCGCGGACGAGGUCGCAGCACCCGGAUACGCCGAUGCGGGAUUCGUCGAUCUAUGCACGAGCGAUGGCGUGGUGCACGGCCAGGUGAGACAGGCCGGGAAGUUCAGCUUUACGCGCAUCUAUGAGAGUGGACAUGAGGUACCCUUUUAUCAACCUUUGGCCUCGCUGGAAUUCUUCGACCGAGUCAUCAAGGGCACAGAUGUCGAGACUGGGAAACAACAGGUCGACGCAGGAUACCUAACCCCGGGCCCCAAAAAGAGCACGUAUCGCGAGGGCAACUCGACGAUGCAGUUUGAUAUACUGCCGGACAACAGCACAUACAAUGUCAUAACAAAUCAACCGGGAGGUGCCUGGGUGUUUGAUCAGCAGGUGAUGCUGAAGAGGAGCUUCAAACCACGCCCGCAGCGCCGAAUCAGAUAG